AUGAUAAUAUUCUCAAUUGGGAAUCCAGGACCCAUGAACAGACAUUCAGCUGGUCAUUUAAUGUUAAAAUUAUUAAUGGAUAAUUAUUCAAUUAAACAAUUAGUUAAGAAAUCAACAUAUUCAAUAUCAUCAUCAAAUAAUUAUAAAAUGAUAUUUAUAAAAUCAAAUCUGUAUAUGAAUGAAUCUAAUAAAUCAUGGCAAUCUUUAAUUAAAUUAGAAAAAUUGAAUUUGGUAAAUUCAAUAAUAUUAAUUCUUUAUGAUGAUUUUGAAAAUGAUUUAUCAGAGAUCAGAAUAUCACAAUUCAAAAAUAAGAAUGAAUCUCAUAAUGGGAUUAAGAAUUUACUGACCAUAAUGAACUUUGAUAAUGUUUAUAAAUUUGGAAUUGGAAUUGGUCCAAAGCCAAAAAAUGCCACUCGGGAGAUUAUGUCAAGUUGGGUAUUAAGUAAAUUUAAACCAGAAGAAAUUGCAAUACUUGAAUCUAUAAGUUUACAAAAACUGAUUAUGUUUAUUGAAGAAAUUAUGGAAAUGCAUGGUGAUAUUAUUGAUAUUAAUAAAUUUAAUUCAAAAUUAAAUAAAAUGUGGAAAUCAAUGGAGGGAUAG